AUGACGUACCUCGAAAUCUCCUCCGAGUGGCCCACCUUCCUCAGCGAUGGAACCCUCCACGAAGCCUACGAGAUCGACAUCCAGUCCAAGAAUGGCGAGACAGUACGUUUCGUCCGCCACUUCUUCUGCAUCUACGACCAAGACUACGUCCGCACCCUCGCCGGAAAAAUGCACCAAAGACUCCUAGACAUGAUCCCGCCCUCCGCGCGCCCAGCGCAAGUCAUAAUCAUAGGCUGCGGCGACCCCUCCAUGAUAGUCCCGUACAUCGAAGAAACGACAGACGAAUUCCCGAUCUACUCCGACCCGUCCGGACGAAUAUACGACAAGUUGCAGAUGAAGCGGACGAGCGCGUUCACGGACCCGCCGCCGUACACGGAGCAUUCGUUCAGCAGUUCAUUCGCGACGUGUCUCAAGCAGCUUUGGAAGCGCGGGUUGGCGUCGCUUAAGGGUGGGAAUUGGGAUCAGCAGGGAGGUGAAUGGGUUUUUGUUGAUAAGAAGCUCAGGUAUGCGCAUCGAAUGGAGGCGGCGAAUGAUCAUCUUACUGCGGAGCAGUUGAUGGAGAUCUUAAGCUCGGAUUUAGUUGGGAAGGGUGCGAAGGGGGAGGUGAAUGGAAGUUUGGAAGGGACGCAGCAGGUGCGGAGUGUGAGUCGGGAUGAAAGUGGAGCAGAGGGCUGCAAAGAUGAGGUUGAGGCCACGACGGUUAUUUAA